GAAAGGACCCUCCCACUCCCAGCGGAACAACAUGAAUGCAGGAAGCUCCGGAGCCGGCUUCGGUGAGAUUAAAUGUCAUUCAUUCAUACUGAAAUGAAACUAUUAACCUUCGCUUUCAAGGGUAAUUUCACCAUUAAUGAGAGACUUAAAUAUCGACAGACUGUGAGCAAACCGGGUUGUUUCGUUUUGAGUAGGAAAUGUAAGCUAGCUCAGGUAGCUGUCAGGUAGCUUUAGCUCGCUUUGUGUUCACCGACUACUAACGGGCUCCGAGUGUCAGUAUUAGGAGCAUAUACAGGUUCAGGACAGUCAUACCUUCAUGUUUUCUACAGAUAAUACAGUUCAUGUUUUGUGGGGUUCAAGAAUAGUGAUGUAGAGUUCAGGGAAAUGUCAUUGAAACAGUCCGGAUGUCUGUGCUGCGCGCUGAUUGGAUGAAGGAUCCACGCUGAAGUUUUCUAUUGGAUAAAAUUCACCAAACUGUUUAUUUACCAGCGAGAGCGUUGAAAGCAGUAACAUACUCAUGUCAGUAAGAUAGAGUCAAAGUAACUAUGAGUUCCUCCACCUCUUCGGUCCGGUACCUCUGCCUUCCUUCACAUUUUACAUCCUUAUUAAAGAUCAGGACCUUUAGCUGACUGGAUUUACCUUCUCAGGAGAGAUUUGACACCUGGCCCAAAGUAGGGCUGGGUGAUAAAACGGUAACGAUAUAUAUCGAAAAUUAAUUUCCCUCAAUAUCAAUAUAAAACAUGGUCAGUGGUCACCUUUCGAUAGUCGUCAUUCUGCCAUGUUUUAGUAGACUAUAGGGGAGUUGCUCCGGGUUUGCGUCAUGCUGAACCAAUCAUGCGCUGAAUUUAGGUCCUUAUUAACCGGGACCGUUUUUGUCGUGCGAUUAUUUCGGACGUCACUAUUUUUUUUCAAACCCGUACAGGGUUUCCCCUACAUGCAAUUGAUCGUGGUGCACUGCCACGGCUAGAAAAAGGCGCCACAGCUAAAAAAAAAUAUGUUUUUAUCUCACAUAGUUCUACCUCAGACUCGUAUAUCAGCGCUGUUUCCCCUACAUUCGUUUACCGCUGAAUGAUUCUACAUGCACUGUGUGAGCACAACGACACACAACGUUAUUUGUGACUUGUUGUGAGUCAUUAAGGAGCAUCAAAUCCUGUCGGACCCUCUCCUAUCAAUGUGAAAGGUAACGUUCAAGCUUAUACACGGCCUAUAUAGCGAGUAACGUGGGUAACGCAUCGUGAAUGGAACAGCGUAGCUUCAGGAGCGGCAACAGCGGUAGCAAUGACGUAGUAUAGUCAGGCGUGUCAAAAUUUGCCUCCGGAUAUUUCGUACUUUUGCGUUCUAUAUUCGUGUCGGCCCCGUGUGUAAGGACCUUCAGAACCAAGUAGCAAACAACUGUGUAGUAGCAGGCUGCAGCUAUACGCAACCAUCGCACUUUAACAUGUGAAGCUGAAAGCACUGUUGGCGAGAAAAAAAGAAAAUGAGUGCAAGGAGCCCAUGACGCCUGUGCCGCUGAAACAUCCCACCAUUCAGUCUGCUUUCUCUUGCGCAACGCCUUACAACAAAACAUUGAAGAUACACAAAGACCUCACAGAUGCAGUAGCUCAUUGUAUUGCAAAAAACAUGCUACAAAUAAGCACUGUUAAAUUUCAUUUUUUACAUCUUGAUAUAUAUCGAUAUUGAAUUAUAUGAAAAAAUAUAUCACGAUAAACUUUUUCCCAUAUCGCCCAGCCCUAGUUUACAAGCAGGGACAUUCUGGAUAUCCACUCUCAUCACACUGCAGCCUCUGACUGACAUGUAGUCGGCCUCUUCAGUGCGGUUGUUAUAGAUUUAAAACAUGAAAUAUAAGUUAUUGAAACAAGGAAUCAAUUAAAUUUAAUUUAUAGGUUUUGUCCAUUCUGUUCCAGUCCUGCUCAAGACAGUAUUUUAAACUGAUCUUAUCACCAAGUUGAUGUUAUUAUAAUUUUUCCCAGUCACACACAUGAAAGUGAGAUGAUUAACCUUCUUUGUUUGGGGGAAUUUAAUUUCAUUUAGUGAUCCAUCCAUGACUAAUGUGCUGGAUCCCUGUGAGUCUUCACUGAGCUUUUGAGCAUCACUUUUAUUUUUGGAUCCUGCUCUUGAAACACUCUGCUGUCAUCCAUGAACAUGUCUGAGUUUGCUCUCUCUAACAAAAAAAUCUUGAUCUGAAUUUCUUGGGGUUUCUUUUUUGGAUCUUCCACAUACUCUCUACUUCACGACUUCCUUCCACUCUUUUUCAGGCAUAGGCUUGAAGAUGUGGCUUCUGCAUGUCCUGCUGUUGUCGCUGCUCUCUGUCGUGUCUGGAGGUGCAGACUCAAAGGCUGUCACCACCACCCUCACAACCAAAUGGGCGGACACUCCUCUGCUGCUGGAGGCCAGGUGAAGUUUUUACAAGUGUAGCAACUCAUUGGGCUCAUCACAUCAGACUUUAAAUAUUUUAAACAAAUACAAGAUGAAUUAAUGUCAUAACCAAGGCUGUGAUUUAAAGAGUGUUUAAACUUCUUAUAUUUGAUGUAGCGAAAUUUUUCACCCCAAAGUAGCUUUUAAAUUUCCAGCGGCAUUAAGACAGUUUGUCAUAUCCACAUACACAAGUGAAGCAACUCUUUUCUUCAUCCCUUCUCCCCCAGUGAGUUCCUGGCAGAGGAAAGCCAUGACAAGUUCUGGGACUUUGUUGAGGCCAAUCAGAACAUCGAGGGAGAGCAUGACGGUACAGUAAAAGCUGCUUCUGCCACCCUAGACCAGUUUUCACUUUCGGUCUCUUUGCUACGAGCAGCUGAAUUUAUGAUGUUUGUGCAAGCCGCUUGGCAGCAGUUGCAGCGUCAGUGUUUUGGCCAAACACUUAUGCAAGCAAUAACAGGAGAGAUGAGAGAUGCAAACUGUAUUUCAGCUCAGUUUACCUGGUUUCUGCUUGUGUUACAACAGAUAGAGGAAUGUAAAGAGUAAAAUAUAUCUCUCUAAAGAACACAGAGUUAGCUCCUUACAGCUGUUUUUUUGUGUAUCCUCCUCAUGCAGACACAGAUCAGGCGUACUACGACCUGAUUAUAAAGAAGGCCAGCGCCUUGCUCAGCUCCGUCCAAAUGAACAUGCUGAAGUUCGCCCUUUCCCUGAGAGCCUACUCUGCGACAGUGCACUCCUUCCAACAGGUACCAGGAGGAUGAUUUGAUUCCUGCUGUGUGCACGUGUGCAAGAAGUUUCAUGUUCUUUUAACAUGCUGCUCCUUCCUUCAGAUAGCGUCCAAUGAGCCUCCUCCUCCUGGCUGCUCAGCCUUUUUCAGCGUCCACGGAGAAAAGACAUGUGAUGCAGAAGGUUUAGAGGCUCUUCUGAAAACAGCUGCUCAGAGGUAAUGAAAGAUGAAAACAGCCCAAACGUGACAAUGAUCAAUUAAUUAUCAACCAUUGAAAUAAUAGCUGAUCUAAAAAUCGACUCCACUCUCUCUUUCAGGCCAAAGCCAUAUCUUUUUAAAGGAGAUCACAAAUACUCAGGAUCAAAUCCAGACGCUCCUGUUGUCAUUCUCUACGCUGAGUUUGGGACAUCAGAUUUCCAGAAGCUACAUGAUGUCAUAUCAUCCAAAGUCCAUGAAGGGCAGGCGUCUUAUGUGCUGCGACAUUACCUGGCUGUAGGUGUUUCUUAUACUCACAUAGAGGGGACAUGCGUUUGAGCUAGGGCAGUGUCAAAAAAUAACACACAUUUUCUCUAAAUGUUGUACCAUCUAGAUUCUACAGGAAGCGUGUGUGUUACAUCGCAGUGCCCACUCAGGAGCUAAUUUGUGGUCACUGUGGUCCACAGAGAGUGCUGCGGUGCUUCUCAGCUCAAUUACAGAGGCGUUUCUCUGCUCUGCUAAUGAUAAAUGUUGGAUCUGAUUUUUUUUCUUCGAUGGAACGGAGCCAAUCGACCCAAACAGGAAGUCAGUCGUGUGAGCGUUAAAAAACAUCUGCUCAAGCCAAAAUAAAAACAUAUACAAGCUCCAAACCAUAGUUUCAAGGUACAUAUUUUUACAGCAUAUUUGGUGCAGCACAGAACUUAAGGUCCUCCAAAUGGAAGAUAAAUACGCAUAUGCACAUAGAUCACACCAUCUCUUUUCUUUGUUUUCCUCUGGACAUUUUUAGAAAGACUUUUGAGUCAAAUUUUCUCGAUUUUUGAGGCAAAAUUUUCAAAAAUAUACAGUGUAGUCCAAUGAAGUAUGCAGAAUCUAGCAUAUUAAAAAACCACCCCAUCCUUUAGUCCGUGUAUUAGUGUAUCAGCUGCUGAAGAAACAAGAAAGGCCUGCUUCGUCUGUUCUAGGCUACUAUAAAAACUGCAUUUUUAUAGAUUUAUGGAGUAACUUCAGUAACCAAAACACGACUAUGAAUGAAAACAUACUAGUUCAGUUUCUGCCUGUCAGGUCCCCCUCAUUAUUACACACUGGCUCUUUAAGGAUGAAGGCAGAGAGAGUGAUGCUUCCGCCUCCAUCCUUUGUGAUCAUGAUAUGCAGUGGUACUGAUGUUGAUUUAAAAGCACUCGUGCUUCAGUUAUGUUCCUUGUAAGAAUAAGUCAGCGUAAGUGGGCUCCUCAUUUCCACUUGAGAUGAAAAGAGCCUCUAUAAUUUAUUUUGUCAAGUUGAAGUGGGAUUGCUUCUUCCCUUACAUGCAAAUAAAGUCGAUAUAUUUUUUUCCCCUUGUAAUUAUGCUAAAUUAUUCCCACCAUCUGCCUGUAAGAUGCAAAAGUUUUUGGUAUCAGAGAGGUUGUAACAUUUAAACACUGUUUCAACAGUUGUGGGCCAAUGAGAGUAGAGUCGGAGUCUUCAAGCAACAGCUGGUUGUCUGUACUUGAAAGCUGUGAGUGUAGUCAACAAAAAGCAGAUUAGGGUAAUUUUUUUCUACGACAUACAAACAGAAGAAGACAGAGAAAGUAAUAGAGCAUUUUAUAACUACAGAAACCACCAGGGCGAUUUUUUCUGUGCUUUUUCUCACUGCAUAAGAUUUGGGAACAUAAUGAGGUUUGCCAUCAGUGCAGCUGGAGUGAGGCAUUAGCUGUAAAUGGGUUCAAGAAAAGCACAACACUGACGGAGAGACUCCUCCCUCUAAUCCUUUUUGUCUUCUUUUAUUCUUUACUACAGAAACCAAGUGCAAAAAAAGUCUUUCUGUCGGGGUACGGAGUCGAGCUGGCCAUCAAAAGCCAGGAGUACAAGGCAAAGGAUGAUACUCAAGUCCAAGGUGCACACACACACACACACACACACACACACACACACACACACACACACAGUAUCAAUACUCUCUUGCCCUCCACAGUGUAAUCCCAGAGGAGUCCUGAUGUGAAUAAUGAGUUAAUUGAUCGUGGUUUCAGGCGCGGAGGUGAAUGCUACAGUGAUCGGAGAGAACGAUCCAGUGGACGAGGUCCAGGGAUUCCUUUUUGGCAAGCUGAAGUGAGUGACUUUGUGUCAGCCAAUGAUAAAAAUUCAAAGCUUGGAUUAGCUCCAGGAGCUGCAGCACGCUCGCGUCAGCCAAGCCUUUUUUCUCCGUCCUAUUCUCUGCAGUUUAUUCCCUCAAAGCAGUGACCACAACCUUUUUAUCUCUGAUCAACUAACCUCAAAACAAACAAACGAGUCUCUGAAUCCCACAGCUCAUUUUAGUACACACACACACACACUCAUCCUUUUGAUUUGUCUGCUUUGCUUCAACAGGACCCUCUAUCCGGAGCUGAAAGAACAGUUAAAGGAGUUGAGGAAACAUUUGGUAGAAAGCACAAACGAAAUGGCACCUCUGAAAGUCUGGCAAAUGCAAGGUGGGUCUCCCCCUGGAAGUCUCCUCAUGCCUGACACCGUUUUUGUAAAUGUUUGCUUAUGUUGACUUUACAGCGAGUACACACUGUUGCAUUCGCUUAACUCUUAAACGCAGAGUUAAACAUCCAUCUUUUUUAUGUGCUCGAAAGUGACACAGAUGAUAAAAUUAAAGUUGGCACCAUCCUGACAGGCUAAUGAAAAUACAAACUGUGGGGCUCUUUGAGGAUACGCUAAAGAUAAACAGUUCUGCAGCUUUCUGUUAGCACCUGAAGGCAGUUUUUCUGUCACCUCGAGUGCGUGGAAUCAAUUUUAUGAUGCUUAAAUACACCCUCUGGUCUCAGACGGCGCUCUGGGUGCGUUUAGUUUCAUAGCUACAGUUGAUAAUUAUCUGAUGGCAGCAAUCCCAGAUCUUUAUCCAAAUAUAAUCAAUUAGUUCUUCAACCAAAUACAUCUAUCAGACUGUCUGUCUGGGCCAUGAGGGACUAUUUUCUUCUUCUACUAUAGUAAUGCAAAAUAAAAAGUUUUGCAAGAUUUCAUUUUGUGAUUUUUCACCGGUUUGUUUCUGCUCGAAAUCAUUUCCUGGAAACGGUGAACCAUUCCGCUUUCUAGAAGGAGCAUUUCUAAGCGUCUCUUCCGAUGUUUCAUGAGUUUGAUACACUCUAACGAUGCACAGAUCAUAAAUAAAGGAGCCGCAGUUAUUUGUGGCGUCUGCCGCUUUAAUAGGGAGAUCAUUCGCUCAUCUGCGAUUCAAACGUGCAGCUGGAAAUGUAUCCGCCUGGUUUUAAAUCAAUGGCAGUGGUCGAUCAGUGUCUUCUUGAGACAUUUGAGCCAUAAUAUGUUGAAGUUAUGAGAUCAUAGUCUGCUGCAUCAUAAAAGCAUUAUUGAUUAGAGCUGCAUCAUCUAUUUUACUACUCAUUGAACACACAGUGCGUCUUUGAAUCAUAACCCUUCUGUGCAUAUGUUUGCUGUCGCCCUGCAGUUUAUUCCGACUUUUGCAUAAAUUCUAUUUGUAUUUCUUUGAUUAGAGCCGGUCAGGAUGUAAGCAUUAGGCUGCUUUGACUGCGCUGAAUAAAGGAUGCGAGGGGAUGAGAGAGUGGGUUGAGCUCGACUCUCGGUCUGUCAUGUGGGCGUCUGUCUUUAUCUUCCGGCCCGCUGGGGCUCAUUAGCUCAGCCUGUUUACAAAGAGAAGGAGACCUCCAGGGGCUAAUAAUCACACAGGCUACAACACCAUUACUGAGAUGCUCGCUGCACUGAAAUAAUCCUCUCUGCACUCUUCAUGUCCUAGAAAGCAGAAACUCUAAAUGGUCUUACACAGUGUCAGUACUUCUAAAGAGUUCUCCCUUGUCUUAGUGCUGAUAUGUAUUUUUUUUUUCUGCGGUUUUAAUCCCGCUGUAAUUCCUUCCGAUGCUUUGAGAUUGUUUAAUUAAUGCCUCUGAUGUGAAGACAAGCAUGUUAACAUGGAAUUGUGUGCUAAUUCGCGCGUUAAUUAGCUGAACUAAUGAGGUUUUUGUAGCAAAGGUGGUGUCAGACUGAAGAUCCACCACCUGGCUCUGCAUUAAAAUGUCUUUAACAAUAAUGAGACUGAUCUCAAUGAGGUUUUUGACAGAUGCGCAUUUGGAUUUGUCUCUUGUUUUUUGAAAUUACUGCGAAAUUGACAACUUUACUGAAAGCCUCAGUUUGAGUUUAACAGUACUAGAGUUGUAGUUGAGUCACUGAACCCCGAGUCCAAGUUAAGUCUCAGUGUUUAAGUGCAAGUCUGAGUCAAAGACACCAGAGAAACAUCUGAGUCAUGUAUUGAGUCGCCCGAGUCUUGGGUCCAGGCUUCAUCCUCCACUUUGGCACAACUGAAGAGAUGAUAUACAAGUUUAUGAUAUUAAAAUACUGCAGUAUCAUCCCACUGCUCAUGCACCUCUUGCACUAAAUUACUCUCAAACUUGAUUCUUCACAAACUUAAUCCUCUUUCUGGGAGAAAUUUGCUCAUGCUCUUUUUAUUCAGUUGAAACUUUCUCUCUUUUCUUUCUGAGCUCUCUUGCGUGUUUCCUCAUCACUCUCUCUCUGCCUCUGUCCGAUCAUCUCUCUCCCAUGUUUUGCCCUCUCUUCGCCCUUCUGUUAAUCCACCCACCUAUUCUCUUUCUUCACAGAUCUGAGUUUCCAGACUGCGGCUCGCAUUCUCGCCGCCCCUGCUGCCGAAGCCCUCAACGUCAUGAAAGACCUCAGUCAGAAUUUCCCAACAAAAGCCAGGUAAAGAAGAAACAGACGAUCAGGAGCUUUAGAGAGAAGUUUUUUCUACACGUGGGUAUGUAGAAGUAAAGAGUUUUACAGCUCAAAUCUGGUCCUUUCCCCCCCUCACAGAUCCAUCACCAAGACUGUGGUCAACUCUGAGAUCCGCAGAGAGAUUGGUGAAAAUCAAAAGGUUUGUUUGGUUAUCUAUUAUCUCUAAGUUUAUCGUUUAUCAAACCUUUAAAGAUUUCCUCCUGUCAUAUUCAGAACAAUGAAAACAUUUAAGAGAUAUGCAUCAUGGGAAUACACCUCCCUUUAUGGUUGUGACCCAUUUUAUAGUGCAUACAUCUUAGUAGGAUAAAACAGAGAUCAUCUAAGACGCACAGAAAGGAGGAAAAAGUGGUGAGAGAUCCAACACAUUGUUCAAUUUGCAUCUUAAUGUGAUUUCUUUAGGUAUGAAAUAGUGUUUGUUAAUAUAGAAACGGCAAGAACAGCUGGACUCUUCAUAUUUUAUCAGGUUACACUCAGCAGGAGCUUCCACUUAGAGAUCCAUUUUUACCUACUCGGUGCCCCAGUGAGAAAUUACAGCAUCAGACAGGAUUCACAAUCGACUAAACUCCAAUCAGUAUUAUAUGACUCUGCUCUACUUCCAGCUUUAUUACUUACACUUAAAUCACCAGAGCCUGACUGUUAGACGGGAUUAUACGAUCAGCACCAGACAGACACUGUAGACUGUUUGUCAGCAUUAAAUAUCAGGAUAUAAUGUGAGCAUUAGAAUCACCGGUUCUCCAUCUGUGCACAUUUGAAACCCAUUCAAAAUAUCCAAACUAAAUAAAAAUAAACAUGUAAAUAUGCAGUCUGAUUUCAGCAAUGUGCUCAUUGUAUGCAGCUGUGUAGUACGAUCCUGCUAGCUGGGAGUAGCUCUGGUAGUUGUGUGUGGAUUCACUGCCCACCAACUUAAGCGGAGACCCACUUCUUUCCUCAUCAUCGGUCACUUGUCUCAAAUUUAGGAGUCUUUUUUUCAACCACAGCAGCUCUCCACGAGGCUUAUUUAUUUGAUAGUAUGUCACCAUCUGCCUUGUUUGCAUGGUUAUAACCCAUUGAUGGAGAAAAGGUUAUGAAGCGUUCAAGUCUUACUCACUAUCUAUCCAUCUGUAUUCAAGCGCCAUCUUCUGGGUAAAGUAUUGUAUUACAACAAAAGACCUCUAUGCAUUUAAAACUGGUGUAUUAUUUAAAGUGGUUUAUCGUACAGACUGCACAAUUAUGGCCAAAAUUGUAAUCAUGAUUUUUUGGUUAUUAAUAACUAUUUCUUAUCAACUGUUGCCAUGACUGGAUAAAGAAAAAAGUCUAGCUAAUACAGACAGACCUGGAUUACUCACUGUUUGUCUCUUAGUCAUUAGUGCUCAUUAAUACUGCAGCACCACUCUCUAUCCCUCUGCUUUACUAACCCACACUUGAUCCUCCUGCUUUUAGUUUGCUUCGCUGCAGAUGGUUUUCUGUCCUCUUAGUUUUGGACUUUUAAGAUCGCUAAUUCAUUUACACCAACCUUCACACCAACAUGCGGAUCACGUUUUAUUAUGAAAUCAGUGAGACUUUUUAAAACGAUAAUCGUGUUAUUUAAGUGACUUUGUAAAUUUAUUGUCAACAGGGCGGACACAAAAGAAUUGUGUGUGCGUUUAUGUUUGUACAUGUGAGUUGAGUGUGUUUUUUUUUGUGUUUUUUUUCCGCAUUUUGAGGUCUGAUUACUUAAUCAAGAUUGUUUAAUCUCACCUGACUAGCUAAACCAAAUGUUAUUUCUCUUAGCAUUUACCAGUUGUGAUUAGGGGUGUCCCUAUACAACUUUUUUACUUCCGUUUCCAUAUCGAUCUUGUGGCCUUCAGUAUGACCAAUAUUGAUAUUGAUCCAAUAUUGGCAAAAAAAAAAUGUGCAUGGCAAGUUUUGCACUCAGCUGCAACGUCUUUUUCGGACUUUAAUGAAAAAUACUGCCACACGGCCGACAUCCCCUCUAGUUCUCGCUACUUUGUUAGUACCUUAGUACACACUGUUGUUGUGAUUACAUUGGCUCUACAUGCUGGAUCCAUGCGCUGCUAGAUAGAAGUGCUGGAGCAGAGUCUGGAAUGGACUGCUUGUAUCGGAGUGCUUAUAUUGAGGAUUCUAGAUGCAGGCCGAUAUAAUCCAAUAUUUGUUUUUUGCUGAUCCCGAUAUCGAUAUCCCUUGUUGUGUCAGCUCCUUUGUUGUCGUCAAUUUUUAAUGUGGGUUAUUUUGCACUUUCCCAAUCCUCAAAUCUCAAAUUUGAUCAAAGUUUGGAUCAGAAACUUGUCAGCGUCUUGACAACUUUAUCCUCUCUUAAUCAACAUGCUGGUGCUUUUCCCUCCGGCUUACUGUGCUGUUGAGCAGUCAGGGAUAAUUUAAGUUUCGUUGUUUACUUUUCUAAUCCAGUAAAAGUAGAGAAUAAAGAAAACAGAUUGCUUAUUGCACAACCCCUCAGCCUCUAAGCCGUCUCAAAGGAAGUGCCUCAAAGAAGACGUACUCCUCCCUUUUUUUGAUUUGUUUCGUUUCUCUUGCCUUUUAUUACCUGAUAUAUUGCGGACAUCAUCCGACUAGAAAAGCAUUCAGUGUCCUACAAAGUGUUUGCCUUUGCUCCGCUAAUAGAAGAGGUAAUCAUCCCUUUUUCUUGUCACGCAUUUCUUCACUCCUCCUGUCUUCUCACCCUCCCUCCCUCCUCUUCCUCAAGCUGUGCUCACAUUAUCUUGGUGUGCAGACAGGAGUUUGGGUGGGUGGCGGGGGUGAGCGGCAAACGUCCUAAUUACUGAAUCUGUGAUUCAUUCGGCGGGCGUGCAGAGUCCUGCAGCGAGAAAUGAUUAUUGAUUGAAGUAGUUUGGACACAUGCGCUCGCACACAGACGUCUCUCUCACACACACACAUACUGUUUAGGUGGGAUGAACAAUAUUUGUGUUAAUCAUGUCUUGUUGUAAUUGCAGUGUCUGGAGUAUGAUUAAUCUGACGUCUUUGUCUCUCUGUAAUGAGAUUUGACUGCACCAGAACGACUUUGAGCUUUCCUUUUGCCUGCGCAGACGCUCAGACACUCACACAGUUUCUCACAGCGGUGCCACACACUCUUUCUCUUAUAAUUAGAUUUGUUUAGUGCAGGGUUUGAUUGCUCUAAACGGACCGAUUUUAAACAGAGCUGUCGCCGCUCAUUUGAAGCUGAUGACAAGCCUGUUACGGCUACAUGUUCACUGUUACCUCCAGUUUUACAAACUAACUCUCCGUGAGAUGACCAGCUUUGACAAUAACACUCAACACAGUGUGGGGAUUUACUCAUUUGAUGUGAAUGUUCAGGUUGUUUAGCUACACUGAUGUUUCUCUUUGCAGUUUUUUAAAGGGACUCUGGGUCUGCAGCCGGGGGAUUCAGCUCUGUUCCUCAACGGGCUGCACAUAGACCUGGACACACAGGACAUCUUCAGGUACACACACACACACUAUCAUGGCUUCAAAAUUACAUGUAGCAUGGAUUUAAUGCCUCACCUUAAAGUGUCGGAGCUGCAGGGAAACGGCUGACACUGGUGCAAUGAAUCAGAAUAUCCUGUAAGUGUUACUGAAGAAGUGACAAGCUGCUGAUUAUAUCACACGUCGGGUCUCGUCUCUUUUAUUGGCUCUGGCGUCUCUCAUCUUUCCUCUCAAUGAGACCCCAGAGAUUCUUUAUGGAGUUCAGGUCAGGAAAGUUACCUGGCCAGUCAAAGACAGUAAAACCAGGGUGAGCAAACCUGUUUCUGGUUGUUUUGGUGCAGUGGGCAGGUGCCAGGUUCUGCUGAAGAAAGAAAUCCAUGAUCCAUGAAUUUACAACUCAUACAAUACAAAAUCCUUCACAGAACUCAUCUGACUGGACACAAAAUGCAAAAAAUGGGCUUCUCAUCAUCUGGAAAAUGUUCACACUGCUCACUAAACUGCACUGAUACCUAUAUUCAUGCAACCUGGCACUGCACACCUGUUCACCACUUCUGGAGAAACAUUACAGAAACAUUAUCCCAGAUUAUGGGCUGCCACAUCCCACUUUCCCCUUCCGUCUGUUUAUUAGGAGACCUAUCUCCAUUAAAACUUGACAAAACACACACACGUUCACUUCUAGUGGCACUAACCGUCGCCAGGAAAACUAUCCUCAUGAACUGGAAGUCACGGAACUCCAUACACAUAAUACACUGGAAAAACCUGCUCAUAGACUACAUCUCCUUAGAAAAUACAAACUCCUCUGACAAUAAUCAUAACUCUACCUGGUUAUCAUUCAUCACUUUUCUAAGCUCAUAAUCUGCCACAAACCGGUCACAACAUCAUCCAUCUCUGUUCUCUGACACUUUCAUUCCCAACUUUUUAUUUUUAUUUUAUUUACUUAUCUAUUUAUUAUUAUUAUUAUUAUUAUUAUUAUUAUUAUUAUUAUUAUUAUUAUUAUUAUUAUUAUUAUUAUCUUUAUUAUUAUCUUUAUCAUUAUCAUUAUUAUUUUUUUAUUAUUAUUGUUUAUUGAUUUUUAUUUUCUAUUUCUUACUACAUAUUACUACAAAUAUUAUGAUGAAUAUUAUUGUCAUUGUCAUUUUCUAUUAUUAUUAUUAUUUAUUUAUUUAUAUACUUACAUUUACAGUUGUUAUUUUCUGCUCGGGUCCCUGCUGGGUCGCGCCUGUUAGACAAUGACCUGUGAUCUCCUUGCCCUCCCGGCCUCCCCCCUCCCCCAGUUCUCCGCCCUGGACUGUCUUCAGAUGGCACAUCACCUCUUUUAUUGCACAUCACACUAGAUUAGGAAGAGGAACGGGGUCUCAAUCUCAUCAAAUUAUAGUUCAGGACAACCCCUCUCCUCGGUUUUAAUGCACAACAUUAGAAAGCACAUAUAUGAAAGAAAUUAAGAAAAAAUAAAUAAAUAAAAUAAAUAAAAUAAUAACAAUAAUAAUAAUAAUAAUAAUAAUAAUAAUUUAAAAUAAAAUUAAAUAAAAAUAAAUAAAUAAUUAUAAAGUAUAUUAAGUAAAUAACAAAGACUAAAUACAUAUAUAGACAUAGGGUAAGGUGUUGUGCUGCAUUCAGUCCGGGGCAUGCGGGGGUUGGGGUGGGAGUCUGGGGGCCUGGAGGGAUGCAGGUGGGUCUCGUGCGAGUGGGAAGGGACCCGAGGUGGUCCACAAAUUCCUUCUUCUUCUUCUUCUUCUUCUUAUUAUUACUAUUAUUGUUGUUAUUAUUAUUAUUAUUAUUAUUAUUGAUAUUGUUGAUGUAGUAUAAUUUUCUUUUUUUGCUUGUCUGACAAAUUGUAAUAUUUAUUUAUUAUUUUUUUUUUAUUUUCUUUUUCAUUAUUAUUUACACACACCAAACACACACACACACACACACACACAAACACACACACACACACACACACACAAAACCACAAAUGCCAUUGUUUGUUUUGUAUGUCUUGUAUUGUCACACUGCACAAAUAAAAAAAAAUAAAAAAGAAAAAAAAAAAUAUAUAUAUAUAUAUAUAUAAAUCUAAAAAAAAAAAAAAAAAAAAAAAAAAAGAAAUCCAUGAAGAGAUCUUAAAUAUUCUGGUAGACUUUAGACUCUGGACUCGAUAAAACACAGAAGACCAGAUGUGAUGCAAAAUUUACUUGAAUCUGAAAACAGGACUGUUGACUACUGAGUAAUAGUCCAGUUUUAUUUUCUUCUUGGCCCAGGUGACUUUAUAUGUAAUGAAUCUAGAAUACGCAUAAGUUUCACUUUUUGAAUUCAAUCACAGGGGAAAAAAAACUUUUUUGGACAUCUUUUAUUUUUAUUUUUAAGCUGAAUAUUCUGGGUUGACACCUGAAACUUUCUUGAGGGCCUGUAAAACUUUGAGAGACACCAUAAAAAUGCCACAUAGAUCAUCUCUGGUUAGCUAUAGUACAGUUAUUAUUUUGGUAAAUACAGUACAUGCCAAAAGUUUGGACACACCUUCUCAUUCAAUGCAUUUUCUUUGUUUUCAUUACUAUUUAAAUUGUAGAUUCUCAAAACUAUGAAUGAACACAUGUGGAAUCAUGUGCUUAAGAAAAAAGUGUGAAAUAACUGAAAACAUGUUUUAUAUUUUAGAUUUCUCAAAGUAGCCACCCUUUGCUUUUUUGAUAGCGCUGCAAACUUUAGCUGUUCUCUCAAUGAGCUUCAUGAGGUAGUCACCUGAAAUGGUUUUUACUUCACAGGAGUGCCUGAAGUAACCCUGACAAGGUACUUCUGUCAUCAAGAGCAAAGGGUGGCUAUUUUAAAGAAACUAGAAUAUAAAACAUGUUUUCGGUUAUUUCACACUUUUUUUAUAAGUACAAAAUUCUACAUGUGUUCAUUCAUAGUUUUAAUGCCUUCAGUGACAAUCUACAAUGUAAAUAGUCAUAUAAAAAAAAAAGAAAAGACAUUGAAUGAGAAAGUGUGUCCAAACUUUUGACCUGUACUGUAUGUUUUCAUAUAAUUUAGAUUUUUUAAUGUCUAAAAAAAGCAAAGAACCCAUAGAGCAGUGGUUCUCAAGUCCAGUCCUCAAGGCCCACUGUCCUGCAUGUUUUGGAUUGCUGUGUCCGAAAUGGAUCCCUAACCCCUAUAUAGGUGACUACAUGGGGGUUACCGCCAUUUUAAGGGGUGUCCAAAACCUGAAUAAUCAAUUCCAGUGCCCCAUAUAGGCGACUCAAAAUUUCCCAUAAAGCAUUGCAAAAUGUAGUGACCAUCCGAUGGUCACUCACCGCAGGUGGGCAUCCUCUCAUGCAUUGCGUCAUGCCAUGUAGUGUCCGAAACCUCCGGUAAUUGAGUUCACUACAUAGUCAGCUAUAUAGUAAAAUCCCAAAUGGGGGUUAAUAAUAAUAAAAAUAAUAAUAAUAAAAAAUUUAAUUUGUAAUGCACUUUACAUUUACAAGAAAUCUCAAAGUGCUACAGUACACAGUAAAAAAAGAGCAUCAACAAUAAAAAAGCAAUAGAAUGUCAGUCACAGAUUAGCAUAGCAAGCAUAAAAGAACAAAAAAAAAAAAAAAGAAUAUAGGGAUUAGGGAUUGAGUGAUUCAUUUCGGACACAGCCGAUGUUUCCCUGCUCCAACACACCUGAUUCAAAUGAUGAGCUCAUUAUCAAGCUCUGUAACGGCUUACUAACGAGCUAAUCAUUUGAAUCAGGUGUGUUGGAGCAGGGAACCACUGCCAUAGAGGAAUCCUACCAAAGCACACAAAAUUAAUUAUAUAAAAGCAGCAGAUCCUAUCAACUAUGGAAGAAAAUGCUGAUUAUUCUCCCAGUGAUAGUAUUGUUUACUCAUUUUUCAAAACUAUAAUAACAACAAAAUGAAAGAAUUAAACCCAAAUUUGAAGAAGUCCAAACAACAGUCCAUUUAGCUCACUCUCUUGUAAGACUGUAAACCCACUCCUCAGGAUCCAGGGGGUUAUUUGGCUUGUGUCAGCAUGAUUUUUAAACAUAAUAGUAACUGAUUAUUAAAUCGUAUUUUGAUUUGACAACAUCAUUAACUAAUCAGAGCAGCUUCACAUGUGAUGAUUCAAGUAUUUAUAAGUAUGUUGGUUGAUUCAGUGAAGAGAAUAAUGAUUUUUUUGUUUAUUUCUUACAUGUUUUCAUUUUUAAUAGGAACCUUUACUUUAUUUUUUCCAUUAAAGAAUAAAAGUAAAGAGGCUUAUUUUCAAUCUCUGGUGCACAUCAUCUAAUUUUAGCAUUCAUAGCGAUUUUUCCUCCUCUGACUGCCCUUUGACCUCUGUGCCCUGUCCUUGCAGUGUGUUCGAGGUGCUGCGCAGUGAGGCGAGGGUGAUGGAGGGUCUUCGCUCCCUGCAGAUCGAGACCCCGUUCAUCCAUGACAUUUUAAAGCUCAACGUCCAGCCCUCUGACUCUGACUAUGCCGUCGACAUCCGUAACCCUGCUAUCAGCGUAAGACACCAACAAAAAAAAAAAAAAUUAUGUGACAUUUAAUUAGGACAGAGUUGGGAAUUUUAUCAUGCGUGCUGGGUUUGACUUUCCCUCAGGUGCUGAUAAAACUAGAGGUUCAGAAUAUCUAUAAUGUAUGAUAUGUAAUUGAAUUUUGAGGCAUUUUCAGCCUUCCAAAUUUAUGGGAAACAGGCUCCAAGUCAACGACAGCUGACACCUUUAACAACAGCUCUGAUCUCUAGUAAGGUUUAAAUCGUCUGGAGCUGUAUCCACACACUGUUUAAGGGCUUCCAAUGAAACCUCUAAAAGCGUAGCUGUAGUUAAAAUUAAGUAAUUAUUCAAACACAGUUUUGCUUAUCACAGCAUUGUAGAGUAAAAGUACCCCGAUAAUGAAUUUGAGAAAUACUGCACUUAAGUUUCGACGAAGUGUCAAGUUGAAGUCCAUCCAUCCAUUUUCUACCGCUUAUUCCUGUUCCCGGGGUUGCGGGGGGGGCUGGAGCUUAUCCCAGCAUCUUCGGGCGAAGGCAGGGGACACCCUGGACAAGUCGCCAGUUCAUCGCAGGACUGACAUAUAGAGACAAACAACCAUCCACGCUCACAUUCACACCUAUGGGCAAUUUGAAAGUGGCCAAUUAACCUAACCCCACUUAGGCAUGUUUUUGGGAUGUGGGAGGAAACCAGAGUACCCGGAGUAAACCCACGCAGACACAGAGACGCCCUGACCCGGAUUCGAACUUAGGACCUUCUUGCUGUGCGGCGACAGUGCUAACCGCUACACCACUGUGCCGCCUAUCUACACCACUGUGCCGCCUAUCUACACCACUGUGCCGCACGUCAAGUUGAAGUAAAACUCCAAAAUUAUACGCCUGAAAAAAAGGAAAUUUUAAUCCAGAGUAACCAGUCUGAGAAGAAUCAGUAUUGGAUCAUAAUUACCGAAGCACUUAUCGCUGUCAUUUUGCAGCUGUUGAAGUGUUCACCACUUGCAGUUACUUGAAUACAUCACACACCUCUAAUAACAAUAAAUAAUAACUGACUUGUUGAUUAUUUCCAUGUAAUUUAUGAGUAGAAGCAAACACUAAGUCCUCUCGCAGAUGUCCUGAAAUAAAAGUAUGAUUUACCAAAAAGCCCAUUAUCUGUGAAUUCAAGGCUUCUGGCUGCACAUUGUUUUUGUUUUUACACAUUGAAUAGACUGAGAAAUAUUAAUCACAACAUUCAAAGAAUAAGGAUGAAAACAAGAUUAGAAGAUGGGUGAAAAUAAUGGUUUGUUUCAAAGCCUGUUCUCGGCCCCCAUUAGUAAAUUGUAAUUGGUAAAAAGUAAUUUUCUCUCUGGCACUUGUCUCCCACCAGGCUUAGCGUUCCACUUUUAAACAUUUUAAGUACUUUUUUUUUCAUUUUUAGUGGAUUAACAACUUGGAGACGGACCACAGGUACAGCUCAUGGCCAUACAACGUGCAGGAGCUGCUCAGACCCACUUUCCCAGGAGUCAUCCGGCAGAUCCGCAAGAACUUCCACAACCUGGUUUGUCCAAAGACGGUUUUUCAGAAUCCAAAUGUUUCUGCACUCUUGUGAAAUGGUCUAACUUGUGUGUGUGUGUGUGUGUGUGUUUGUGUUAUAGGUGAUCAUUCUGGACCCAACCCAAGAAAACGCUGUUGAGCUGCUGAGUGUUGCAGAAAUGUUUUAUGCUAAUAACAUCCCACUCAGGUUAGUGUGGGAGGAGGUGGUUUGUAAACCGGAGGUGCAUCUUUAAAGUUAUUUUCAGUGAAGAUAAAAUGUAUUUUGCUCAUGAUAUGCAUGUUCUGAAGUGUCAUCAGUGUAAGGAUGAUUUUAUUUAAAGAAAAAAACAAAGAAAACACAGUAUUAGUGAAUGAAUUUUUAAGAAUCGACAGACUCUGCAGGGCAGUUUGGAUGUGUGCUUGAAAAUCCAUUUAAAUUCAGCCGUUUAGUCAGGCAGGUUUGGUAGACUUUUGUUUCCUCUCUGCAUGUGGCAUCUUGGGAUGGUCAGUUUGUUUGAAUACAGAUGAAGCUCCCGGCACACUCCCUGCAUUUUAACUGUCUGAUAUACAUAUGGGAGCCCGCAGUUGAAACCUUAUUCGGUGUGUGUGUGCGUUUUCAGAAUAGGGCUGGUGUUUGUGGUGUCAAACGAAGAUGACAUAGACGGCAUGCAGGAUGCAGGUGUGGCGCUCGUCCGAGCUUACAACUACAUCAGCGACGAGGUGGACAGCCAGAGUGCGUUUGAAGCCGUCAUCUCAGUGAGUAAACCUAAAGAUUCUCUUUGACACACCUGGAAACCUCAAGGAGAUCAAUUCAAAGUUUGGUUAUUUUUGUGUCUCUACUGUGCAUCUUUCCUCAUUUUUUCUUUCUCAUAUCCUCUAGAUGUUCAACCGGGUCGCUGUGGGUGGAAAGUUGAGUGUCGGGGAUGUUGUGAAAGUGCUGGAGAAGAGGUUCCCCUAUGUGGAGGUCAGCAGCGUAUUGGGAGCCGAUUCCAGCUACGACAGCAACAGGAAGGUGCGAGAGGCUGAAUGGGACGACCUUGUGCCCGAUAUUACCUUCAUUUUCAAUACUUAAGAGCACGAUUAACAAUAAUGAAAAUAGAGGUUGAAUUCAAGUAUUUAAAAGUGAGUUUUUGCAAAUAUCUGUUAUUUUUAAACUUACUUAGUGAUGGCAAAUUUGGUGAAACAUACCAAAGAUUACAAGUACUGAUCAUUUUUAUAGAUCCUUCUAAGACACAAAGUUUUCUCUCUAAUCUAGCUUUGUGCUCGUGACGGUAAAAGACUGAUGGAAUUAGAAGCAACAUCUUUUUUUUUUUUUUCUUCCUCUCUUUCAGGAGGGGCGAGCAUACUACGAGCAGACAGGGGUGGGCCCGCUCCCUGUGGUCAUGUACAACGGGAUACCCUACCAGCGUGAGCAGCUGGACCCGGACGAACUGGAGACGGUUACCAUGCAAAAGAUCCUGGAGACCACCUCCUUCUACCAGAGGGCCGUCUACCUGGUCAGUCAGAGUCCAAACUGGAGUUUGAGGAUUUUCUAGACCCAUAGUGCAUGAAACUAAAACUUGGUUCAUACUUGACACUGUGGAUUUCACAAGUUCGAAGUAACCUUGAUAUAGCCGAAGAAUAAAAGAUCAAAAGAUGAAGUCCCCCUCCAUAAAAGAAGAGAAGGUAGAGCUGGCAGAGAGGCGGCUAAGGCUGUACAAAGACAAAUGGGUCCCUUAUAUUCAGUGAUAACCUCCAUGUCUUCCUCCUAGAGAAGCUGGUUUAUCCUAACAUGAACUACAGAUUACAUAUUUAAAUAUUCCACGACUCCUUCAAAGUAAAGGUCUGUGCUUUGAGCAGGAUAAACACCACAACAAUAUCACACCUCUACCUGUCACGGACAGUUAGCUGACAGCCUGACACGGUGGUAAUACCAGUGGGUGUAUUGUUUGUGAUAAUGUGCAUGUUUAUUAUUAUUUUUGUCCUCUUUUACUGAAGCCGCUUCAAAAUAGAGUUUAUUUACAAGAGAAAGCGAGUCAACAGAAAAGCUUUAGAUGUCGUUUCGGAGAGGAGGAUUGUUCAUUUUAACAAGUACAGAGUGUUGGAUUGUAGUGAGAAAUAUUUUUCCUGUUAGGCUACAUCUUUGUGAGCGCGCCAUCUGCCACGCUUUCCUGUUUCAAUGUCGUCCCGGCACUCUGAGCAGCCAAAUGUUUGAAUUUGUUUGUUUUUUUUCAAAGGCCUCUGUUUUGUCGGGUCUUAAAGCAAAGCAAACAGUGUGUAAUUUAGUUUUUCCUUUUUGCUGUAGGACACUCUGCUCAUCAUCACUCAUGUAUUCUCCUUUUUCAAUGUCUAAUCUGAAAUUAGUUAGAGGAGAACUUUUCCUCCGAUACUUAAGACUGCAGUGGAAAGCCGGUUCAAUCUUGACGCUGCUGUCUUUGCUGUGACUUUAUGAAAAUCACUCUGACAAAUACCUCCUGCAUAUCCCUCAUUUCUGUGUCAGUGAGGAAUACACGAUGUCUUUUUUCAUGCUGUGCUCUGGUGGCUUGCAGGGUGAGCUGGCUUCAGAUCACGACGUCCUGGACUUCAUUAUGAAUCAGCCGAAUGUUGUUCCUCGAAUCAACCCUAGAGUGCUUUCCACCAGCAGGACAUACCUGGAUCUGUCCGACACCAGUGAGUACCCUCUCCGAAUGUUAAGACAAGUGCGAAAACACCAUCGGAAUAGAAACGAGACUCACGAUUCUGCUGUUGAUAUUAAGACAUUCUCAGAGGAUCAUCCUUCAUAACUUUCUAUGUCCUUUUUCUACCAGAGUCCUUGUGGAGUAGAGGGUAGAUUUUAAUAAUUUAUCAGCUCUUACAUUUGUAUAAAAAAGAAUAUUCAAACCUGAAAGUUGACUGAAAAUGACAUGAAGUCCGGGUCCUCCUUAAGUGAGUGGAAGAGGACCAGCAAGAUUUGAAGGUUGUUAGAAAUGUUCACAUUUUUGAAACAUUUCACUUUGACAUUUUUCAUCUGGGUCUCUAAAAACCAUCCCCACGUACAGCUAAGAAACUAUAUAGUUUGACCUCAUAAACGUAAAUGUCUUCUGCGUGUAUCCUUCACCUUAUAAGAGGAAACGUUUUUCAUGUUUUCUUACGUUUUCAAUUCUUCUCUAUCUCUCCUUACAGAUAACUUCUUUAUUGACGAUUACGCUCGCUUCUCCACUCUCGACACCAAAGAGAAGAGCACCGCCGUGGCCAACAGCUUGAACUACAUGACCAAGAAAGGUGAGACCGUCGCAGCGGACCCCUGAAUGACAGAGAAUGCUCGUGUCUUUUCCUUUCGUCUCUAUUGAAGAUUUUUCAGUCAUCUUCAAUCCUAAACUCUCUUUUUGUGUAUUCUCCUUCUGUCCUCUCCUCCUCCUCCUGUUCAUGUGCUUUAAAAAUUUCCCUGCAUCAGGGAUGACCACCACCAACAGGCAUGGUAAUCACCCUCCUCUUCCUCCACAUUAUUCCCACUCCAGCUCUGAUUCUUUCUGUUUUCUGUGAACUUCAUCCCUGGCAUUGUUUCGAUCUGCUUGUGGAUCUGCUACCAUCUGUGCUGCAUUUUCUCAGAAGACACACACCACUAAUAAUUACGCAUGUGACGAUUGUAGAGCAGGUUCUGAAGUGUAACUACUAAUAAGUGUGUUUACAUAACUGCUCACUAUUGUCUAACAUUGUUUCCUCCAUCUGUAGGAGAGCAUGAAGGUUCAUUAUGUGUUGUUUGGUCGUAGCCGCAUGAGGAAUGAGAUUUUUAAAGUUUGAUUUAGUUUGAAAAGUUUAAAAGCUUCAAAUUUGGGUACUUUUUAUCAGUGUUAAUUCUUCGCAGCCCAACUGCACAGAUUUUAAUCCGGUUUAUCAACUUCUAUCUUGACUGAAAACAAUGAGUCUCCUUUGCUCCUUGACAUUGCCCACGCGGCAUCAUCUUAAUUAUUCAUCUGACAGCCUCUCUUUGUGUCUUUUUGUGGUUGUCAGAUGACGGCUUCAUCCGCCCCGUGACCUUCUGGGUGGUCGGAGACUUUGACAAGCCCUCAGGACGCCGGCUGCUCUAUGAUGCCAUCAGACACAUGGUACAAAAGGAGCGUUUGAAGAUGGAUUUGAAAUGCAGCAUGAGGAAAUUUCAAGGAGUAGUUCGACAGCGUUUUUAUUUAACAAAUAUGAAACGAAGGCUUUGUUUGCUUAGCUCUGGGUAGUUUUAAGGACUUGAAACAGCCUGACACCUUGCCUAGUUCUGUCCACUGUCUACCAAGUGUGUUUGGUUCAUUUUGCAGAGGCGGCACUUCUAUAUUUGCAAAACAGUAAUAGUCAAGUAUUUUCAGUGCUCAGCUACCCAAGAGCAAUAACACUUUUAAGUGUCAGCUGUUUUUUUGUGGCAGCACUCACAGCGCUCUCAGUUAAACUUUUGGAACAAUUUGUCAACAACAUCAGCAGAUAUCUGCAAACGAGUUAAAUUUACCACACCGGCUUUUAUCAGAGGUAUAAUUUUGAGGUCUAGAACUGCUGCUAAUGCCGGGACUCUUCAGACUCUAAAGUUUCUUUCUGAUACCUCUUUAAAAGCUGUACAUGAUUUUUAGAUAUUAAAAAAAGCAUCAAAUUUCUGUCAGUGGUGUAUUAAGAUAUCUGAGAUCUGAGCAGUUUACAUCCACUUUCUCAGAUGAUGACAAACUACAUUCACCUUGUGAUUUGAAACUUUGCGUACAUGUUUUAUGGACACCAAACUUUUGAACUUUGCAGAUUUUGUUGAAAAUGUGGAAAAGCAUGGUACUGACAUCAACCUUAGGGCUGGGUGAUAUAGCCUCAAAUCAAUAUCACGAUAUAUUGAGCAGUUCACCUCCAUAACAAUGAUGUCAGUACCAUGCUUUUCCACAUUUUGUUGAAAAUGUGGAAAAGCAUGGUGCUGACAUCAACCUUAGCGCUGGGCGAUACGGCCUCAAAUCGAUGUCAAGAUAUAUUGAGCAGUUCACCUCCAUAACGGUAAACGGACGAUAACUACUCCACAAGCUGCUCAGCCCCUCCCACAUUUACUUCGUCUAUUUUAGCUGCUACAACUUUGGAACCGUCCUCCAUCUCCUCACCUGUCUUUCCCUCUUUUUUAUGGACAGGAUGGGGUGGAGUCACGUACACCAUAGCCUACGUACACACACUCAAAACAAACUUUUAUUUAUUAUUAUAUUAUAUUUAUUAUUUUUUUGACAUCAAAUACACCGAUAUGGGUGACUUUGGUUAUUGGCGUAAAUUUUGGUAUUGGUAAAUUUUCGGUUUAUCGCCCAGCCCUAUCAACCAUAUUACCUCACUUUCUCGUCCCGUAUAGUUAUGAUUACACGCUGGUUAGUAACUAAAAAGCGCAGGUUUAUAGUUUGGAUCGUGAGAAAAUGUUCACAAGGACUAAAACUCUCAAAACAAGAGAGUUAAUCUCCUCUUCUGCUCUACGACAGAAAACCAGCAACAACGUCCGACUGGGGAUGAUCAACAACCCAUCAACUGAUCCAUCCGCUGAGACGAGCCGCGUGGCCCGGGCGAUCUGGGCCGCCAUGCAGACGCAAUCUGCCAACAAUGCCAAGAACUUCAUCACCAAAAUGGCCAAAGAGGAGACGGCUGCCGCCCUGGAGAAGGGUGUCGACAUCGCGGAGUUUGCUGUCGGGGUGACUGAAUGAUCAUGUUUCCUUUUGUUGAAUCACUGAUGUUAACUCUUCGGUGCUGACUAGUUAUCUUAUUUCCUGUCCUGUUCGAUUUUCCCUCAGGGUAUGGAUGUGUCAUUGUUCAAGAGUGCUUAUGAGGGUCAGAAAUAUGACUUCCUGCUCUCCCACGCUGCCUACUGCCGGGAUGUGCUCAAACUGAAGAAAGGACAAAAAGCAGUCAUCAGCAAUGGAAGAGUGAGUCACAUUCUUCGGCCUUAUUGUUGAGAAAACUUGAAAACUGUCCUGAAACUUUACGUAUAAAUCAGUCAAUAAUGUUUCUCAUUACAGGUCAUAGGUCCACUGGAGGAGGAGGAGGUGUUUAACCAGGAUGACUUCCUGCUUUUGGAGAGCAUCAUCCUGAAAACAUCCGGGGAGCGGAUCAAGAGCAAAGUCCAGCAGUUUGGAAUCGAGGACGACAGGUUAUUUUUAUCUCUUUAUUAAAAACACGGACUGUUGCAAGCUUGCAUUUUGGAGUAAAGUUUUAAAGCUGAGUCGAGUUUUGCUGUUUUCUCUCAGGGCCAGCGACCUGGUGAUGAAGGUGGACGCUCUGCUUUCCUCUCAACCCAAAGGAGAAGCCCGGGUCGAAUAUGACUUUGCAGAUGACCGCUAUAGGUAAAAAAAAAAAAACCUUGCACAUAGUUUAGACAGAAGGUAAAAUCAGCUGCUAGAAUCUUUAAUUUCUCUAACUUUGCUUUUUUUGUGCUGUUCUCCUACAGUGCUGUGAAGAUCCGGCCUCAUGAGGGGGACGUGUACUUUGACGUUGUUGCUGUGGUGGAUCCUGUUACCAGGGAUGCACAGAAACUGGCUCCUCUCUUAUCCGUGGGUUGAUUGUGGUCUCUUGUCGGACAGGGCUCUGAUAGAUCUGUCUAGUUGAUCUUGACCCUGUCCACAUCUUGUAUUCUAACCUGUCUUUUUUACCCUCCCUCAUGUUUCACCACUUGCAGGUUCUGAAGCAGCUGGUGAACGUCAACUUACGGGUGUUCAUGAACUGUCAGUCCAAACUGUCAGAGAUGCCCCUCAAGAGGUGAGGACAGAAAAACUGAGCGCAGAAAACACACCUCAUAUCCUGGUUGUAUCAGUUUGCAUCAAAAAAGUCAAUUCAGACAUUAAAUUUAAAAAAAAUGAUUUCGAUUUCUUAUAGUUUUUAUCGACACGUCUUGGAGCCAGAGGUCACCUUCCAGGUCGACGGGAGUUUCGCUCCGGGCCCCAUGGCUAAAUUUUUGGACAUGCCUCAGUCCCCCCUCUUCACCCUGAAUCUCAACACCCCUGAGAGCUGGAUGGUGGAGUCUGUGCACACUCGCUACGACCUGGACAACAUCUACCUGGAGGAGGUAUGGCGGCAGUUUGUGUGUGAUUCAAUGUGUGGGUUCAAUCAAGAUCAUUAUCAGUGUUUAUUUUCUCCUGAUCACUUUAAAUUACUUAAAGACUCAGCUGUUUGUUUCCAGAGUAAAGUUAAAAUAUCUGUGUCUAUAUUAUAAAUGUUUUCAUUAUUCUAAGAUUUAAAUAAGGUUAGAGGGACAUUAUAAACCCCUUAGGAAGAUUUUAAUCUUUUGAUCGGAGGAAACAGAAUUUUUCUAUCAAUAAUAAGACUCUUGCAUCACUUAUUAGACUUUCUGUUACGGUACAGUUAUUACAGAUAAUUUCAUGUUGUUACUAGAUUAUUACCAGGUAAUUAACCGGUAAUUACCUAGUAACAACAUGAAAUUAUCUGGCAAUUACAUGAUAACUACUAAGUCAAUACUGUCUAGCUACCAGGUAGGUAACCUUCCAUCAUCAUACAGAAUUGAAGCCGAAUUGCUCUGGUAUUUCCAGGAUUUUCUCUGCUUCCUGGAACCACCACUUGCGCAGUAGCAUUGUAUGCAUUCGGCGGGUGAGUCGCUGUGAUAACGCUCGGCUCAAACAGCGUAACGCUACGCAAUCUUCGCACGCCCAUAGGCUGUAUCAAGUGUCAAUCAUAGAAAAUAAGAACCCCAAAUAGCUUUUGAAAAUGGAGCUGCACAGAAAAAAGAAAAACUAGACAGUAUUGACUUAGUAGUUAUCAUGUAAUUACCAGAUAAUUUCAUGUUGUUACUAGGUAAUUACCUGUUAAUUACCUGGUAAUAAGAAAGGGUUACCAAAAUUUUACUCUCUUUCUAAAGAUCUGGGAUUCAUUAAUGAUGCAUGUCUGUUAACCAAGCCGAUAUUUGACUGAAUAUCGUAUAAAUGACUCACCUUGACUUGUGUGGGCUCUUGGAUUUGCAGGUGGAGAAUAUAGUAGCAGCAGAGUACGAGUUGGAGCACCUUUUGUUGGAAGGUCACUGUUUCGACGUGAGUUCGGGUCAGCCGCCCCGUGGUCUCCAGUUCACCUUGGGUACCGCCUCCGAGCCGGUCAUCGUGGAUACAAUCGUCAUGGCAAACCUUGUGAGUUAUCGAGUGAUGAGCCCUUCAUGUCGAAGUGAAACACCUCAGAAGAGAAAACUGUUGAAGCUCAAGAACUUUAAGUCUCCUGUGCUCUGCUCUGUAGGGUUACUUUCAGCUGAAGGCGGCUCCAGGUGCCUGGAUCCUGAAGAUGAGGAAAGGUCGCUCUGAUGAAAUCUACAGGAUUUACAGGCAAGAACAUUGAACAUUGAGUCGAAGUGUCUUAUGUUUAAAUAAUUAAACUCCCUCGUCUAAUAUUAUUUUCUUUCUAUCAAUGCAGCCAUGAUGGGACCGACUCCCCAGCAGACUCUGACGAUAUCAUCGUUGUGCUGAAUAAUUUCAAGAGCAGGAUCAUUAAAGUCAAGGUCAGUUUAGUCUGUCGAGAGAAUUUGGAAAUUCAGCGUCUAACAUCAGUCUUAAAGAUGAAUCAAAUUUGACAUUUCAAGGACCUGAGCUGUUGUGUUUCUCGAGUCAUGAAGAAGUCCUACAGAAUGUAAAUGAAUUACAUAAAUAAAAAUAUACUGUACUUUCCAUUUGGGAAAUGUUUACAUGAUGAAAGUGGCAACAUGCGGGAAACUAAAAACUACAAACGAGAGCGGAUUCCCCUGAGUCAUCCUGACACAGCUGUGAGGAUGAAAUCCAGAAACAAAUAUACAAAUGAGCACAAAUGAAAGGCUUAAAAUAACAUAUGAGACCAUGAAGUGAAAAGAUCAAGGCACAAGAAAGACAACCAUCUAUAAAUGUGAAAUUUACAUCCACGUCUUUUUGGUUUAAUUAACUCCCUUCAGCUUUAAAAAGUGUCCCAAGGAGUUUCCAUGUAAACAUAUAAUCCGUCAAGAGUCAGUGUGGGAAGAUCCACGAGCUAUUGGAGACAUAUCGAGCGAGUUUACUUCAUCUUUAAUCAUUUGCAGAGCUGAUGUUUCCGACUAUACUGAAACUUAUUUAGCAUACAGUUGUUAAAUAACUAGUUUGAAUGUUGGCAUAUUAGAAUAACCCUCAAAUCUUUGGCUCUGUAUGACUAAAUUUGUGCUACAUUUGAUUAAAAAAACUUGUGUCUGUGCUCACUAUGUACAACGAGUCAUUGCAUCUAUCAGCUUCGAUUGUCCAGCUAACUACUUAAAAUGGUUUUGUGCAGGUCCAGAAGAAACCGGACAAGUUCAAUGAGGAACUGCUGAGUGACGGUACCGAAGAAAACGACACUGGCUUCUGGAAAUCUCUGACAAGGUAAAAUAUAUAUGUAUAUACAGGUGUGAUAAAGGCUCAGGUAAGAGUGGUAUAAAGGCAUAACUAGGUUGGAAUAAAAGCUCAGGUGAGGAAUGGUUGAGGGUGUAAUUAAGGCUGAGUUAGGGCUUAAGGUUAAGUUUUGUGUGUUAUAUGAGCUAAGUUAAGUCUUAGCUAUGAGUGUGAGAAAGGCUAGAUUAAAGUGUAAUGAAGGAUUACUAUGGAUGUGAUAAAGUUCAGUAAGGGCUCUUUAUAGAGUGAACGACAGGCUUAGUUAGGGGUGUAGUAAAGGCUACGUUAAAGGGAUAUUCCAGUGUAAAAUUAAUUUAGGGUCAAACACCACGUAACACCGAGUUAGACACCCCCUCAAGAGAUGAAUGUUGCCGACCGCUUGCUUCUCUAGUUAUACCAACUUUAGUAGCAACCGCACGAUAGCAAUACACAGCAGUCUAAGGAGCCAUAAACAAACCUCAACCAAAACGCCACUCUAUAGUCACAAAUAAUGCUCAGAACAGCACCUAACUUCAUCAACAGGACAUAGAGGGUCCCAGCUACAGCACUAACCACCAAACAUCUUUUUAACUUUGCCUAAUUUACUUUAGCAAAGAGACUAAACACAACUCACCUACUCUCUUCCAGCAGCCGCUUGUUUGUAGGUUGACCUCAGUCAGUCCAUUACGGAUUACAGCGGGGUGACGCAGCUCAAGGAAGAACAUAUAGGAUAAUUUCUUCAUGGAAAUGCAACCAGACCGAGACACUAAGGCAGAAGAACUACCGCGUCUGCAGUGCAAAAUGAUUAAUAUGGUGAUUAUUACUUCAAGGAAAUGAUAAAGAAAUGAUCAUAAAUGUUCUUCCUCGAGCUGCGUCACCCCGCUGUAGUCCGUAAUGGACUGGUCUGGAAGAAGCAGCUGCUUUUGCGCCAGAAUAUCCGUUAUUAGGGCCUUUUUUAAAAAUUGAAUUACAGCUUACAAAUCUGUCAAUGAUUCUUGUGCUGCCUGUUACAUUUCCUAAUGAUGUUGUACCACUUCUGAGCAUCAAAUAACUAAACGACAGGAAGGCUGGCUUCGUAUGCUCUCAUCAGAAAUCCUCUAACAGCUCCAUCAGUUCAAAGAAUCCCGAUUUCUCAACUGCAAAACGUGCAACAAGACAACUCUUUUCUAGUCAAAGAGGACUAAUGAUUAAAAACAGAGAACCGUGAAAUAAGUAAGCUGUUUCUCCUCCGUCUCCCAGAGGGUUUACAGGAGGAGGAAAGUCGGAGGAGGUGAAGCAAGAGAAGGACGACGUGAUCAACAUCUUCUCUGUGGCCUCGGGGCAUCUGUACGAGAGGUUCCUCAGGUGAGAAGGAAGGGAGAUCGUGGUAUCAGCCAAAACAUCCCCUCCUCUUCUGUGUACAAGGAUUUCAUUGAUUUUAGCGCUUUUGUUCUCACAGCUCCAUCACCAUCGUUUUUUUUACACUUCUCUCCCUCUCAGGAUUAUGAUGCUGUCAGUUCUGAAGAACACCAAGACUCCCGUCAAGUUCUGGUUUCUGAAGAAUUACCUGUCCCCCACUUUUAAGGUAGACUUUCUUUCUCUAUUCUUCGACUGGUGUUUCUUUUAAAACCAGCUGGCUUCCCAUCACUGAUGCGGAGAUUUUUCUCCGACGGCUACAGUCUUUUGUCCGUCCGUCAGUGAUGUGCGCUUCAAACAGGAGUUCUGAAAAAUGAAGGUGAAACCUGCAGCGGGGGGAGAGAGAUCUCCUGAUGAGGGAAAAGACUUCAGAGAUUUUCCUGGCUCGUAGCCUCAUUAUCAUUAUAAUUCCCGCUUUCUGAAUGAUGUCGGCGGCGUUGACGUUGCCAAGCUUCAUUACCCUGCAGAUAAUGUUUAGUUUUGUGACUCUUUUACAUUCAAAGGAGGCACCACAGCUCUGUAGGGUCACUCUUUUAAAGCGUGAAAAACUCAAAGAAAUGCAGUGCAAAGGGUUCACAAAAGAAACGGCAGCUAUCAGUGACGUGAUUAAACACAAAAGAAGUACUCACGCCUGAGAUUUCAACAUUUUCCUCAAGUCUUUUAACCAAUUUAUGCUUAUGAUUCAUGCUGAUUGGCUUGUUUUUUUUUUUCGCCGGGUUAUUCCUCAGGAGUUCAUCCCCCACAUGGCGAAGAAAUACGGUUUCCAGUAUGAGCUGGUCCAGUACAAGUGGCCUCGCUGGUUACACCAACAGACGGAGAAGCAGAGGAUCAUCUGGGGCUACAAGAUCCUGUUCCUGGACGUGCUGUUUCCUCUCGCUGUCGACAAGAUCCUGUUUGUGGACGCAGACCAGGUUAGCGCGUUCUUACUCUUUAUUUGGCAAGUGGUUAAUAAAGAGGUCCACAUAGUCUGUUUAUUUUUGAUGAAAGGUAGACAUGUCCAGCCUCAAGUGCUAAGUUAGACUUUCCAUGGUAUAAAUUUCGCCCAUAAUGUCCAUCCACUGUCCCAGUAGCGGGCGAUCAGUUUUCAUCCAGUUCCCUGUUAUAGCCUUUUUACAUGCAAUAAUCAAGACCUUAAAUAUAGAUAAACAUCUCCUUGUUCUAUUUCCAAAUACAUGAAUUUAGGAUAUCUUUGAAUAAUAAAGUGCAGGAUUUUUUCCAGACUCUCGUUCACGUCGUCCCAGAAAGGUUUUAUCUUUACACAUGACCAGAAAAUAUGGGCAUGUGUGGCGUCUCUCUGGCCACACUGCCUCCAACAGUGUUGUUUUUUGUCCACAUAUUUACCAGUAAUGUGUGGUGUUAGAAAGAAACAAGAUAAAUUCUUCCAUCCAAAAAGACGCCAGUUUUGAGAAUUAGUAGAGCUUUGCUGUCUUUUACAAAUGGAGAGACACUCAUCUUCUGACAAUCUUUUAUUCAUUUCGAGGUUAAAGCUCCUUAAAGUCAUUUUUAACUGAUUAUAAUCAAGAAAAAAAAAACUGGAAAUUCUGCGUCAGAAAAGUGAUUAUCCGCUGAUUUGUUUUGUCUCGCACAGAUUGUGAGAACUGAUCUGAAGGAGCUGCGUGACUUUGACUUAGACGGAGCGCCGUAUGGUUACACUCCCUUCUGCGAGAGUCGGCGCGAAAUGGACGGCUACCGCUUCUGGAAAUCUGGCUACUGGGCGAGCCACCUGGCCGGACGCAAAUACCACAUCAGGUACGAACAAACACACUCACACAGGCACUUCUUUUUUUUUUUUUUACUUUCCUGCAUGUUUCACGUGUUACCGUCUUUUAUUCUGCCUCAGCGCUCUGUACGUGGUCGACCUGAAGAAGUUCAGAAAAAUCGCUGCAGGAGAUCGACUCCGAGGACAGUACCAGGGGCUCAGUCAAGACCCCAACAGUCUCUCAAACCUGGACCAGGUCUGUGACUCCUCCUCCUAAUAUGACUCUGAAUCUGUUUAAGUCCCAGACAGUUUUGAGAGAAGUAUCAUCCAGCAGGCAGAUUUUUUCCUCUCAUCCUUUUGAGAAGAUUUUUUUUAUUUUUUAGAAAUCUCUGCAAAUCUCAGAUCUUCACAGUAAAUACUUUGUUGUCUUUUGCGUGUUUGCGAGAAAUUCCUCGUGGCUUCUGAGAUUUUGUUGGCAAACAGCGUCUCUGUUUAAUGUGAGAAACAACACAUUUCAUCUGAUCCUGAAAAGGCGUCUGUUUGCUUAUUGUUAUUUUCUCUGUUCACGAUUUUUAUGACAGCAGAAAUAUAACAGCUCAGACUCUCGUGUCCUCGAAUGUAGCAACAAGGGGAGCUUUUGAAACACUCAUAUUUUAAAUCCAGAAUGAAGCAAAGGCAGCAGAUUGUGACAUUGCAGAUUUAAGGUUGUAUAUGAAACAGAUGCUGCUGAAUAUGAAGCCUGAAUUGAACUCUGUCUGAAUGUGUCAUCUCUUACCUGUCUCCAGCAUGUCGUCAACCUCAAUGUUAAUGUUUUUUCUUGUUUUUUUUUUUUCCCAGGAUCUCCCCAACAACAUGAUCCAUCAGGUGCCUAUCAAGUCUCUGCCUCAGGAGUGGCUGUGGUGCGAAACAUGGUGUGACGACAGCUCAAAGAAAAGCGCCAAGACAAUAGACCUGGUAACAACACUUAGUCUGUUUGCAAGAUAGGACGAAAUAUUAUUAUGUGAUAGGACAUAGUGUGGUUGACCUACACAACCCUUUACAGUUCAGCUGUGUUGUAUGGUGAGGAAAUUAUCAAUCAAUCAAUCAAUCACUUAAAUUAUAAAGCACUUUUCAUACAUGGCUUGUAUCACACAGGGGAUACAAAAUCAAAUACAAACUGCAAAAACCCCACCCACCCUCCAAGCCCGAAUUUAACAGAGAUCCCCCCCUACUCACCCACCCACCCACCCAUCCACACACACACCCAGAUCGGGACACCAAGUCGAGGCUCAACAGGAAGCCACAGAGGACCUAGGAAACGCUAUCUUAAACUAAAAUGGGGAAACACUGGAGCUAAACCUAAAGUGAUAAAACCAUGACAAGAUAUAAAAAAUAAAGGAAAUAAAACAAUAAUAAUAAUAAUAAUAAUAAUAAUAAUAAUAAUAAUGAUAGUAAUAGUAAUAAUAGUAAUAGUAAUAAUCAUCAUCAUCAUAAUAAUAAUAACAAUAACAAUAAUAAUAAUAAUAGUGGUAAUAAUAAUAAUAACAAUAAUAAUAAUAAUAAAAUAUUAUAUAAUAAAACUUUUAAAAUCAAACAAUAAAAGAAAAUAAACAAAUAGUGUUAAAAUAUACUAAAAAAAAUAAAAAUAAAAUAUACUAAAAAUACUAAAAAAAGUAGACUAAAAGAGAGGCUAGAAGAAUAAAACAAAAAUCGGCUCAAGGCCAAAAUAAAAAGACUAAAAAAUUAGGUUUUUAGUAAGUGUCAUUCUUAAUAUAAGCCACAAGAGGGCAGACAGGCAAGGUGUAAGGAAGUCAGAAAUUCAGUAGUAAAAUUAAGACACGUAUAAUAAUAUGUGCAACUCUUGUUUUUUUUAAAAAAGAUAGAUAAAUAAAUAAUCAAAGUGGUAGAUCAACACUUAUUUUGAAGUUGAUUUAAUUCAAAACAUAGAAGAAGAAAAAGACCACCAGCCGUGUGAACAUCAUCUCUGAUCCUCGUCCAUCAUGUCUGAUUUUUCUGAUCUUCAGUGUAACAACCCCAUGACUAAAGAGCCAAAGCUGCAGGCGGCGGUCAGGAUCGUGGCUGAGUGGACCGACUACGACAAAGAGAUUAAACGUCUGCAGACCAGAGUCCAGGGGGGAGCGGACCAAACAGCCAAACAGCAAAGUACAGGUACUGACCGCUCACUGACAGGCAAAUAAAGUGUCAAUGGGGGUUCAACCAGCAGAUGGCAGUGUUGGAAAAAAAGAUCAUAACCUGACUUGUUCUCUGUCCUCCCUUUUUGUUUCUUUCAGACCCUCACACGGAGCUGUGAGGAUCCUGCGGCGGUGACGAAUACUGAACUCUGUUUAAAGAGUCCUCUUCAUGAAAACGCCUCUCUUCUGCCUGAGGGGGGCGCUGCUGAUAGACUGACCGCAAACCAGUGCUCAAUGGUUCAAACUGUUUCUCGUCUUUUAUAACUCGUGAAGGGGAGUCGAAGCUAUCAGCGUCAAUGGGUUUUACUGUAUGUGUGAGUGCAUUGGUGAGGAUGUUUUCCGUGAAGAGAAUCAUCAACUUCAAAGUCUAUUUUUUAUUUGGGGUACAGUUUUCAGUCCUCUAUAUAACUUCUCAGUCUGUAUGUUUGCACUGAUUGAGAUCUGGUUCAGGCUGUGGUUGAGGAGGGCUUUAGAAAACCUCACUGCUGGUUAUCUUUGGAUUUAAUCUUAACCAAACAUUUGGUGUUGGGAUGGAUUUCUGCACACUCACUGGAAUAAAAUUAUUAUGAGACUUUUUACGAGCUGGUAAAGGGUAACAUUUCUAGAUUUCUAGACUUCAAAUGAAGCUCUGGGAAAAAAAUCAAAACUUCAGACUCAGGCUGAAAAAUUCAGAUCAUGAAUAUGUUGUUUUCUCUAAUUCAUUUCUCCUCUCAGCGCCAUGUUGGUACCAAAUCUAAACACAGCACUUCAGGGCAUGGGUGACAGAUCUAGAAAUGAAUGACAACACUGAGAUAUUGUUUACAAUUAUCUGUUAUAAUGAAAAGUAAAAUCAGCAGGUUUGAUUAAAUCCAGUUUCUUGUAUGGAGAGAGGAGAGUUUGAGGUAUUUUAAGGGAAAGGCCACCAUGAAAUCUGACUUCAGCUGCAAAAUAUGUGAAAUCUCCUCUUCUGGAAACGUCCAGGAAUCUGUCUUUUCCCUGUUUUUGGCAGUGAAAUAUUUUUGUUAAAUAAACCCCCCCAAUAAUAACCGGUCAAAUGUUUCAUGUUUGCUUCCAUGUAUUAACAAAGACAUUGAUUUUAUUUGUUUGAUUUUUAUUUGAGUAUUUAAUUGAAAUGUCAGCGUGUUCUGCUGCUUAACAUCCAG